CUGACCUCCUGGAAAAUGAUGAAAGCUUUGUUAAACAUGCCUAUUCUAAGUUUGACAUCUCAGACGAUGACGACGACGACGAAAACCCAAUGUCGCAGUCCAUGAACUCUGCCCACUUCACCUAUGCGGAAGAGCAGUCGUUUAAAGAACACGAUUUGAAGAUGAGAGCCAUGGAAGCUGUUUCAGGAAACGGCACUCACGAUAUUCUGAGAAAGCCGUCCAAGAUCUUGGACCCGGGCAUGUUGCACAGACGCUCGUCUUCCUUUGGCAACAAGUCAGUCUCAAGGUUCAGCAGCGUUGACCACGGUGAUAUGGAUAAGCAACAUUUACCUCUACUCGAUAACUUGCAGAGUACCAGUUUUGACUUUUCCAACUUGACUUCGCAGUUUGAAAACAACUUCAAGUUAAAGGGCGGCUUGCCAGGCAACGUAAGUAACCCGAACAUGCCAACAGACCACCAGUCCAACGAGAUCCCGUCUGAGGAGUUGAUUCUGCUCUACAAGAAUGUCAAGAACUGCUUGGACAUGAGACACAAGUACCAGUCGCUCUCCUUGCAGUACGACAACGACAACCCGAAGAACACUGAUAAUUGGGACGUCUUCCCAUCCCCUCCAACCCCAGCAUACCAUUCUAAGGAGUUUGACGACUUACACUAUGUGGAGAAAGCCAAGAAUAUCAGAGGCAACGCUGAGUUCAAGUUUGAGGACAUGGAAAUUCCGGGUGUGGAUGAAUCCAUCACUUACGAAUUGAAUGACGAGGAUGUCUUUGAGGUCUUUAGAGGCGACAAGAAGUUGGUCAACGUUCCUUCCAUCAAGGAGUACUAUGUGGAUUUGGAGAAGAUUAUCAGUAUCUCCUCCGACGGUCCAAACAAGUCCUUCGCUUUCAAGAGAUUGCAGUAUUUGGAAGCCAAGUGGAACUUGUACUCCUUGUUGAACGAGUACCAGGAGUCCACCGAGUCUAAGAAGAAUCCGCACAGAGAUUUCUACAACGUCCGUAAGGUGGACACCCACGUCCACCACUCUGCCUCCAUGAACCAGAAGCACUUGUUGCGUUUCAUCAAGUAUAAGAUCAGACACGCGACCGACGAGCAGGUUAUCUUCAGAGAUGGCAAGGUGUUAACCUUGGCUGAAGUAUUCAAGUCUUUGAACUUGACCGCGUACGACCUCUCGAUCGAUACCUUAGACAUGCACGCACACAAGGAUACCUUCCACAGAUUCGACAAGUUUAACUUGAAGUAUAAUCCGAUCGGGGAAUCCCGUUUGAGAGAGAUUUUCUUGAAGACGGACAACUUCAUCAAUGGUAGAUACCUUGCCGAACUUACUCAGCAGGUGUUUGACGAUUUGGAGCAAUCCAAAUACCAGAUGGCUGAAUACAGAAUCUCCAUCUAUGGGAGAUCCGUACACGAAUGGGACAAGUUGGCCGCCUGGAUUAUUGACAAUAAUUUGUUCAGUCACAAUGUCAGAUGGCUCAUCCAGGUUCCAAGAUUGUACGAUAUUUACAAAAAGAGUGGCACUGUGACUAACUUCCAGGACAUUAUCAACAAUUUAUUCCUUCCGUUGUUUGAGGUUACCAAGGACCCAUCAUCCCACCCUAAGCUCCAUGUCUUUUUGCAAAGAGUGGUUGGCAUUGAUUCCGUUGAUGAUGAGUCUAAGCUAGACAGACGUUUCCACAAGAAGUACCCAACGCCAAAGCACUGGGACUCACCACAGAAUCCGCCGUACUCUUACUACUUGUACUAUUUGUACGCGAACAUUACCUCCUUGAACACCAUCAGAGCCAAAAGAGGCUUCAAUACGUUGGUAUUGAGACCACACUGUGGUGAGGCCGGUGACCCAGAGCACUUAGUGUCUGCCUUCUUGCUUGCACAGGGUAUUUCUCACGGUAUUUUGUUGAGAAAGGUGCCGUUUGUGCAAUACUUGUUUUACUUGGACCAGAUUGGUAUUGCCAUGUCGCCGUUGUCGAACAAUGCAUUAUUCUUGACCUACGAUAAGAACCCGUUGCCUUCGUAUUUCAAGAGAGGCUUGAAUAUCUCCUUGUCCUCCGAUGAUCCUCUUCAAUUUGCCUACACCAGAGAACCAUUGAUCGAGGAGUACUCUGUCGCGGCCCAAAUCUACAAGUUGUCCAAUGUGGAUAUGUGUGAAUUGGCGUCAAAUUCCGUUUUGCAGUCCGGAUUUGAAGCUUCCAUCAAGCGGCACUGGUUGGGUAAAAACUACAACAAGCUUGGGGUUGAAGGGAAUGAUAUUGAGAAAUCCAAUGUUCCAGACUCCAGAGUCAAUUACCGAUUUGAAACCUUGAUGAACGAAUACCAGUUGAUCAAUCACUACUCCAAGUUGCAGUAGACUAUUUUGUGCUACUUUUGCAUUUUUAGUUAGAGAUUUUGUUUCAUAAUAGAUAUAUUUAAAUGCGUG